AUGUCCAAAACUGAAGAUCCUUUGAAUGAAAUUAGUCGAAAUGGUUCGUCACAAGCCAAGAUUAACAGCUUCCUGACCAACUCUGGAAAAACAAAUAAUAGGAACCAUACAUCAAAACCAGUUCAUAUUUACGAUUUAAAGCAAGGGAAGGAGAAUUGGCCAAUUGUAAUAUCUCAUGAUAUUGAAAAAAACUACAAUUUAAUAACAGAAUUUUUAAAGGAAUCGAAUGUGCAACGACAUCGAAUAGAUCAAAUACAUGACAUAUUCACUUUCAUGUAUAGUGAAUUGGUAAAAUCACAUCUUUUAAGACAGUUGCAGACUUUGAGUAAGCAGCAUUUGAUGCUUAUCGUGAAGCUCAUGAAUGCUAAUGAAUUGGAAUACUCUCAAAAGGAAAUAUUUUUAUUAUACAAUGCUACAAAUCUCAUCAAAAUUGAAGAUUGGGAAGGUAUAUUACUGGCAGAUUUUAAUUGCAAUAAUAGACAUUAUUUAUCAACAUUAAAGAUUUUAUCAUUGCAACUCCUCUUAAAAAAAAAAUUAUAUGUGACAUACCAUGAAACAAUAAUAGAGCUGUUUUCUCAUGAUGACCGAUAUCUUUUGCAAGAUCCAAAAUUGAAAAUACACACAAUCAUUAAAUUAGUAUUGAAUAUGUUUUCUGUACUUCCAAAUUAUAAGAUCCUUUUCGGACUAAAGUUUUUGCAAUACAUAAAGCAAUUCAAUCUAUCAUUUGAAACUUACCUUAAAAAUAUGGUUCAAACGACUUUCGAGAAACAAUUACUGAACUACUCUGUGAAGAGUUUCCAUUCAUGUAAAUAUUUCCUUAAUUCCUUCUAUCUAAAAUAUUCAAAAUAUAAUACUCAAUUGAACAAAAUAAUGUUAAGAUCAUUGAUACCGAAUGUUGAUAAUAUAGUAUCCAAUGGUUUGUUUCUCACAGAAUUGAAGCGAAAUUCUGAUUUUAAUAUAUCAUGUUGUUGUUUCACUCAUGACCAAAUGAAUGAAUUUGUUACAAAUGUUGAGAAAUUCAUAAAUAAUAAGGAAUCCAUUCAAAACUCAGCUUGGUUAACUACAAUGAACUCUAUUUGGAAACUAGUGAAAAAUGAAAAUUUUGAAAAAAAUAAACGAAUAUUAACUAUUUUUGACAAACUUUUGAAUGCUCUGAAUAGUAAUAUAAUUGCAUAUAAAAACUGUGAAAAUGAAUUGAUACCGUUAAUCGAAACUUUAAUCCAAUUUUGCAACGACAUUCAAGAAUCAAGGAGAAUCUCAAAUAUAAUAAAUGUCUUAUUUAAUUGUUCUGUCGUUUUGAAAAAUUACAAGUUCCUAGAAAUGGCAGCCAAAUUAGAAAUUUUGAAGUAUUUGGCUUCUGACAACCAACCAGAUCAAUGGAAGAUGAUAGCCACCAAAUUCGAAAAGUUUAUAUCAAGUACCUCGAAUCAUGAACAUAAGCUAGCAUUGUUUUCUUACAUAUUUAAUGUCUAUGUUCUUACUGAUAAGUUCAACCUUCCAAUGAUUCUUGAUUUUUGUCAAACACUUUUUCUUCGUUGUUUCUCUCGAUUGAAAUUAACUCAUUUUAUUCAAUUUAAACAUUGCUCGGAACUUAUGCUAGUCAUAGUAUAUAGUAACUCCUCGAUCCUUACCAUACCGUAUCAAGAUUGGUCCAUUCUUUCACAAAUGUUGUUUUUCUGUAUAAACGGUAACUUUGAAUUAACUCCGUUAGAUAUCAAUAACAAUUCGAAUAAAAACCAAUACCUUUAUCAUUAUGAAGUUUUAAUCAAAUCGGCAUAUAUCCUUAAUAUCGAUAUGAAAAGACAUUCCACAAAUAAUCUCCUUCUCUUAACGAGAUCAUUUAUCGAUAAAUGGAUAUUGAGACUUGAGUUGAGUCAAUACAAAGAAAGGAAAGACGAUAUAUCCUCAUUUGAGGUCAAUUUUGUCAAAACUUUGUUUCAGUAUUUAAAUUUCAAUAAUUUCCAUUUAUUAAUUAUUGAGUUAGCAUCUGCAAUAAAAAAUAUACCGGAAUAUUAUCCCUCUCUAAUCAUGCAAACCGAAAAAUGGUUAUUAGAAUCUUAUAUUGAUUUACAAUUCAACAAUAGGAUAAUGGACCUGACUAACAAUCUCGUGCAAUUAGUACAACUAGAUUUACAAAAUGCCAAACUCGAUAAGCUGUUACCAUUUUUAAAGAUGAAAUCAAGUUUGUUUGCAUGGGAAAACAAUCCAACUGCAUUUGAAAGAUUAUUUAUAAAGGAGCUACCAACAUUAAGACCUGAUAUCUUCGAUACUACUAAUAAGUCCAAAUUAUCAUCUUCACAAUAUGUUGAAGUGUUAUUAUUCAAUAUCAAUGUGCUUAACGAUGCGUCAAAACUACAUAUGUUUCAACAUGAUAUCGCCUCUUCAGUUAUCGAGAAUAAGAAAGCUUUGAAAUUCGCCACUGCAUUGAUUAAAAAAUCGGAUAAGUUAUCUCAAUCCUCAAGAUUAUCAUUAAUUAAAUCAUUGUCAACGAGCUUUAUUAAUUUAAUUGAAAUCUUUGUUCAAAUAGGUUUAGCUAAGGAUUCUGAUUUCUACACCAAAGAAUUAUCAAAAGUGAUCUCCGAAUUAGGUGAGCCAUCAGCUGUUUACGCUUGUCUACGAUACUUACACACAUAUUAUAAACUAACAGAACAAGAGUCACAUGCAACAGUUACUUUACAGAAAGCUAACAAGACAUUUGAUUACAUUAAUGGUGAACAAGAUAUACAAAGCUUAUGCAUGUUUCUUUUCGAUAAUAAUGAAUGUAAUAAGAUUGACCAAUCUUUAAAGCUAUUUUUUGGUGAUCAAAUAAAAGAGACAUUCUUACCACAAUACUGGAAAUUGCAAAUGGGAGAACAAAUAGAAGAAAUCACAUGUCUAAAAAAAUUCAGAGCAGCACAUCUUAUCAACAAGUUAAACAAUAUUUAUCAACAUGCUUUAAAGAGCUUGCAAGAAGAUCCAUUCUUCAAGGGACUUUUUGAAUCGAUACUGGUCAUCCCUGGGAUAUCACAACCAAAUAUGAUUAAGAAAAAAGCACCCACAUAUAAGCAGCUGCAUUUAUUUCAUGAUAAUGAUGGGAAAAAUGAUCCCUUAACCCCGGUGAAAAGGAAGCUCUCUUUAAGUAUAUAUGAUUCACCGCGUUCUUCCAAUAUGACUCCAAAGGGUAAGCAUAUGAAACAAAAAUUUGACAAAGUAGCUGCAAUUAAAAAUCUUAAAAUAAUCAAAGAAGCGAUCGAGAAUUUAGAAUUACAAUCUCUAAGGCAUCAUGAGCUCCAGAAGGUAUCGUCAUUAUUUUCCUUGAGCUUGACGAUGUUAUCCAGUAUAAAUGAUAAUUUGACUCUGGACAAAGAUUUUAUCAGGGCACUUACUUUAGCAGAUUUGCCCAAAAGGUUGCCUUUAUAUUAUGAUAAGAUUUUGUCAACGGUAAAUGACGGAAUGUAUCGCACCGGGAAUUUGCUACCAUUUAAUCCUCAAUCAAUGUUGACGAGUAAAGUAGAAUUAUUAAACGAUCUCGACCCUUUGAGUUUCCGUUCUAAUUCCUUUACGUUUAAUAUUAUUACCAUCGAUGUAUGCUCAAUCACUGGGAAUUUAUUACUCUCGAAAAUCGAUCCUGUUACGAAAAAAUUGAAUCAUUUAAGCAUCCCAUUGAAUAGAGGUAAUGCAAGGGAUUUGGAUACGUUGUAUUUAAGCUUCAAAGAUGCUAGUAUGGAAUUGCAAAACAUUAUAGAAGAAAGUAACAGAAGCACAUCAUUUGAAGUCACAAAUUUGAUCAAGACAAAAGAGCAAAGGAAAGAAUGGUGGGACUUACGUCAUGAACUUGAUGGUAGAUUACAAACAUUAUUACAAAAUAUUGAAUAUUCAUGGUUUAAUGGAUUCAAGGGAAUUUUCGAUACAACAAAGAUUAAUGAGAGUGCUUUCAAAGACUUUAAAGAAAAGUUUUACGAGAUUUUGCAUCAAAAUCUGCCUAGUCGGAAACAAUUAGGGAACCCAUACAUGUUUUUACAAAUCGAGGAUUGGAUUUUGCAAGCAAUGUUGAAAUUGGACCCCCUGGACAAACAGUUCUUAUCACAAAUGGAAGAUUUGAUUUAUUGUAUACUUGAUAUUCUUCUCUUCCAUGGUGAAGAAAACGCAUAUGAUGAGAUCGAUUUCAGUCUUCUUCAUAUACAAUUAGAAGAACAAAUCAGAAGAUAUCAAUCAAAAUCGUUACACACUUCAAAUGAAAUAGACCAUACUUUCCUAAUCGUAAGUAACUCCUGUCAUUCAUUCCCAUGGGAAAGUUUAUCUUUUAUGAAGGAUCUCUCAAUCACAAGGGUGCCAUCUCUACAAUGGUUAAGUUCAACAUUACAAAAAUGGAAUAAGGAUUUAUUUGGAGGAAUCUUGGUCAAUGAAAGAAUAUCGAUGAUUCUUAAUCCAUAUGGCGAUUUAAACCGAACAGAAGAACGAUUCCGGGAGUUGUUCAAAAAUAUAGCGACCAACCGUCCAAGCUCCAAAUUAUUAAUCAAUGAAAAACCAGACGAGAAUCAAUUUUUAGAUAUGUUGUCGAACAGUAAUUUAUUCAUUUAUGUGGGUCAUGGCGGUGGUGAACAAUAUAUACGUGCCAGAGAAAUUAAGAAACAGGACAAUGUAGCACCGGCUUUCCUACUAGGAUGUUCAUCAGCGUCGAUGAAAUAUUUUGGUAAGUUAGAACCUACUGGAACGGUUCAUUCGUACUUACUAGGUGGGAGCCCUAUGGUUGUUGGGAAUUUGUGGGACGUCACAGAUAAAGAUAUUGAUAAAUUUAGUCAAGAAGUGUUUGAGAAAGUUGGGUUUGUGGAAAUGAACCGAAGCAAUUCAAAACCAAUGAAUGUUGCAAGAGCAGUUAAUGAAUCGAGAGAUAUCUGUCAUUUGAAAUAUCUUAAUGGAGCAGCUCCUGUUGUUUUUGGACUACCGUUACUAUUUUAUUUAGAAUAA